AAGCCGAGGUUAAUUAAAACUAUUUAUUUAUUUAGUAAAAUCAUGACUGUCAUGUGUUUGUCAGCAAACCGAAGUCCGUCUACUGAAAAAAAAUAUAACGGCGUAGAAGUAGUAACCUUAAGCUUGAGGCUCUUCUCCCACUACUGAGCUCAGGAUAAAUAAUUCUUAUGGAGCUGGAGAAAGUUGUCAGUGGAGAAUAAACACCAAGGAGGCCCCCAGACAAUUUUAAUAUAUUUUAUAAAUUUAGUAUAUUUAACAGCAUGAUGACUGAGUUAAAAAAAAAUAUAUGAAAUGUGGUGGAUUUUUAUUUUUGUUCUUGCGGUGGCCAGUGGAAAUGCACUACGAUUAGCAGCUUAUAUAUCAGCAGGUGGUCUCCAUGGUGAAAUACGCUUUGAGAAAGUAUCUGAGGAUACUGUUAAAAUUCGCACGGCUUUGCACGCUACUCUUCAGUAUCCAGAUCAGCAAUGGCUUUGGUCGGUGACUAGAUUCCCGGUGGAUUACUCCAAAAUCGAGGACCGCUGCUCGGAACAACAUCUGGGCGAGUCAUUAAUUGACUUGACAGAGCUGGUGGGUCCAUUGACAAUCCCAGGGAACGAAUCAAUCACCGUAGAAGUUCCAAACAUCAGCCUAACUGGAGAAAAAGGUCUUUGGAGCAAAGGAUUAAUAUUGAGAGACACUUACUCUCCUCGUACUAUUUGCACCUCAAUAAAUGUCCUAGAAACAAACGCGGAAAAAAAUGCAGAGGCCCGGUUCCAAGGCCCCGUCGCCGGCUCAAUCUGGUUCAGAUGGCUGGGAGGAGACUCUACUACAGACACAAUUAUCUACACUGAUCUCCAUCACACGUCGGAAAACAAAGCCCAGAGCGGCUUUACCGAGCACCACUGGAAAAUUUACGUCACUGAUAUCUUCGAUUCAGAAAAAGAAAAAAACGACUGCAACAUCCUGCAGACUGUCUUUGAUCCUGAUGAUCUCGGUGAGGGAAAAGCUAUUGGAGAUAUUGACGCUCGCCUGGGGAAAAUAAAAGUUGCAACAAACACAAACAAAAAAUCCAAGGCUGCUUACAAAGAUCCAGUGAUUUCUUUGCUGCCAGCUGAUCUUCUUGGGUCUCAUCGCUCGCUUUAUUUGGUCAUUUUUCAUCCAACCCACAGCGAUUCGUUCCUCGCUUGUGCCAAAAUUAAAAAUCAAAAAUUCACCCUAGCAAAGAGUCUGAUAAAUUCCCACGGAGUCAAAGGUGAAGUGACAUUCACCCAAGAAACAAGGUUCCAUCCAACCUGGGUGAACGUUUCUCUGUCUCCAAUAAACGACUUAGAAACAAGACUGAGGUACGAAACAAAAACAGCAGCUUACAAAAUCCACGAGCUGCCUCGUGAGCCUCUGGUGAGGACCAGAAACUCAGAACAAGAGUGUCUGAGCACCAAGUCAAUGUACAAUCCGUCGAACGUCGACGACAAAACCAUUCCACCAGCUGGUCUGGGCACCCAGGACCAGUAUGCUAUUGGAGACUUAUCUGGAAAGCUUCAAGGCAGGAAAGAUGGUUCUCAUCACAAUGAUAUUCUUCCUGGUAGCGCUAAACUCAGCGGAGUUUACUGGGAUACUUUUUUACCUCUGACUGGGGUUUAUAGUAUUUUGCACAGAUCUCUAGUUUUAUACAAAUAUAAUGAGACUGAUAAUAAAGGUAUCAUUCCUUGGGUUUGUGGUACUGUAUUACAGCAUAUUUCUCAAACAGCUGGACAGAUGCCAAUGCUUACUGCUCAAGCUGUCUUUAGAUAUCCAAUUGUUGGUAAAAUAAUAUUUCGACAGCCAUUAAAUGAACCGGAGAUGGACACAACUAUUAUUAUUGAGAAUUUAAUUCAUUCUGAUGGACUUGCGCUUAAUAAUUCUGAUGAUCAUAGAUGGAUGAUACAUGAUCAUCCUCCAGGCAGUGAUUAUUACAACUGGACCGCAAGAUGUCUCAGUGCAGGAAGUCCUUACAAUCCUCACAAAAUAGAGUGGGAUCCAAAGCAUCCCGAGCGAUGUUCAAUGAAUGAAAUUACUCUGUGCCGGUUGGGAGAUUUGACAAGACACGGAAUGCUUAAUAUUGCCGGGAGGAAGCUAGAUGGACCUCGUAUAACUCGGAAACUCUUUACAGAUUCGUCGUUGCCUCUAUCGGGGUCACAUAGCAUUUUAGGAAAAAGUUUGGUGAUCUACGAUGACCAUGGACCAGUUGCUCGAGGGGAGAGAUUUGCUUGUACCAUGAUAAGUCGGGUGUAUAGAAGAAAAGCAGUAGUCAAAGAUUGGUUUGAUAACGGCGUAGUAACAAAUAUAAAAGGGAAAUUGGAAUUUAUUCAACAAUCCGAGUACGACGUGACUGACGUAGAAGUGAUGUUAGAAGGAUUAGACGGACAAGUUAGUAGUUACCAAAUCCACAUGACUCCUAUUGAAAUGGACCUGGAGUUUCCUUGCGAAGCAACUUCUCUGUACGGCGUUUUUAACCCGCUAAAUGUCAACAAGUCUAGCUUACCUGGAGAAGGAACGGUGGAUCAGUACAAACUAGGCGACUUGAGCGGAAAGUUCGGAAUACUUGACAAUAGAAAAAGAUACUCGACAACUUUUAAUGAUUCUUUGCUUCCGUUAUUUGGGUAUGAAGGGAUCAUCGGAAGGAGCUUGGUGAUUCAUAAGAAAAAGAGAGAUCUCAGGUGGGCUUGCUCGACCAUCGAGAGAGGAUAUGCGCCCUUAGAAGCCAGAGAACUUCGGGCGAUAGCUUCGUUUCAUAAUCCUGACGGUUUUGCUUAUGGUUAUAUCAGAAUGACACAGUUGAUCUACAAAGAUAAUAGCCAGAGCGAAACAAUUAUUGAAGUUAAUCUUCGACAUCCAGGAGAGCGUGAUAGAAAUAUAACUCGAAAUCACAACUGGGCAAUUUACGUCAAUCCAGUUACUCCCAACGAUGCCACCGUUCAAGUCAAGGAUACUAGAUGCGUCGCUGGAGGAUACGUUUGGAAUCCUUAUUUUACUCAAUUAGCUAAUCCACUUAAUGAAGAACUUUAUAAACAAGAAUGUGGACCUGACCAACCACUUCGUUGUCACGUUGGUGAUCUCUCAGCUCGUCUAGGACCAAUAGACAUUGGUCUUGAGCGUAAAAUAUUUAUAGAUCAGAAUUUUCCUCUAGAAGGAACUGUUUCAGCUAUGGGAAAAUCGAUUAUUAUCAAGGAUCCAGAAUUUGGGUAUCAUAGAUUCGCUUGCGCUAAUAUUCAGCCUGAUAAUGAUAUUGUUAAAUACGCGAAUAUUAGAAAACCUCCGCAAUUUGUCGUAUCACAAUUUUUGGACGAGGUUAGACAAGUGAUGGGAAUCCCCGAAUGGAUGUUAUCAAUCGACAAAAGAAAGACCAAAAAGCUCCACGACGGAGCUUGCAUCCAAUUUUUACUCCACUUCCGCGGCCCCAUAGCCAAUAAACUCGAAAUGGACUUCAGUCAUUUAAUUUCAACGGGUAGAUUGAUUGCGCCGAGCUUACCGGCAGCAGAACGUGGAUAUCCUAAGCGAAAAAAUACUCUAGGCUUUCGACAGUGUGGAAUUCGGGACUCUAAAGAAGAACGAGGUGUCUCAGGAAUUUUCUGGACAAAUAAAGCAGUAAUACUUUUGCCAUCGUACAUUACAGUAAUUAUUUGCACUCUAAUUUAUCAGGUAGUUAAUUAACAUAAUUGUUCAUAACAAUUUUUUAUAUUCUGUUACGUAAUAUUAAUAUAUAAAUAAACAGAUGUUUUAUAAUUAAUUCAUUAUUAUCAAUACAAUAGUUAUCUUCAAUUUUUUAACUAAUUUUUAAGUUUUAAUUAAUUCUGAUGUAUAAAUUAAUAAUUUAAUUGCAUGGUGAUAAAAAUAAGCAAUAAUAAAUUUUAAUUAUUUUUUUUGUCACCACUCAAUUUAUAAAUUUAUAAAUUUAAUCUAAUAUAUUAAUUACCUAUCUACCGUAUAAUUAUCAACGCAGUUGAUUAAUAAUUAAUUAAUUAAUAAUCAAAAAAUAAACACGAUUGACAGGCACUUAGGCCAUAAUAAUUUGAGUAUAAAAACAGAACUAAUUUCCGUGAAAAAUAUACACCUCUUCAACUGGGCUUAGAAUACAUGUACAAUUA